AUGUCCGGGUUAAAUCCCUUCCGUCUGAGGAGGUCAGAGGAUAUCUCAGGUCGGACGGCUGCUCUCCCAACCUCCAGUUCCGUUUCUUCCCCAGCGCCAUCGCCCCUCCCCAACCGUCCCAUUGUCCCAACCCCCGCAGUUGAAGCCCCUCGAGCACCUCUUCCGUCGAAAUACAAUGGUGACACUCCCGUCGUUCCUGAUGCAGAAUCGUACUUCAGUUACAAAAGUGAUACCCAAGGAAGAAGUUGGAGCUCGCCUCGUGUCUCAUCCGAAAAUGAUCGUCUAGCGCCAACGGGCACUGCUCCACACCCAUUGCCCUCUUCUUCAAGUGCAUCAUCCCCCAUGACGUUAACUCCACCGUCUCCUAUUGCAGGCAGAAGGGAACAGGACAUUGGAGUCGAUUUUACGCCAUCAAGUGGAGCAGAUACCCCCCAGGCAUUGCCGAAUUUCUACCCAGGCCAGCGUAGUGCAGGCAGCAGCAGGACCGAUCUUUCUCGACGAUCUCUUUCUAGCGGCCGACCAAGGCUCACAGAGCCGCCGAAUCGCCCGGAUCUGGACGUACCAGCACAGUCAGAAGUCAAUGGCGAGUCAAGAAGUCUUGCCGGCCGUUCAAAAAGUAAAGAGAAGAAACCUCCUCCACCUCCCAAGAGCCACCAUGGAAAACCCAUCGAACCUACUCCUGCCGUGGUGCCUACUACGGAGCCCUCCAAACCGGUGGAUUUACCUCUUUCUAAUGAUUCUACCUUGAGAAGUUCACCCCAUACCACACCCCCAUCUCUCAACAAAGCUUCUCAAUUGGCUUCAGAUUACUUCUUUUCAGUGUCGGCGCAGCCAACCGAAUCACUAAAGCGUAGCCAGUCUCAGCUCAAGCGCCCUCCGACCCCACCUUUGAGCAGGCGACAUAGUCAAAUGAGGAGAUCCAAUACCACCACUUCUAGGAACAACUUAGCUCGAGUCUCGAUGCCUCCAGGGGGUCUCAGUUUCGAUGCAUCAAAUCUUCCCAGUCCGGGUCGAAGGUCGUUAAAUUUACCCCGACAGCCAGAGGAAGAAGGAGAUGACCGCGGGCGCUUCAACCUCCAGCCCCAAGAAGAAUCUAUUACUCGAACAAAGGAGGCACCGGCUCCUCCCAUUGCGAGGAUGUCAUCUACAAGGAGUGCCAAGCGAGGCUCUUUAACAGUAUCAGCAGUGCCACCCCCUCCACCGCCGCCUCGGAGGGUCAGGGGCACGAGUAACAGCGACAAUAACACUAACUCCAACGUGCCGCAGGAGGACGAAAUGGUUGGAUACGAUAAGAAUACUCUCCCCCAGCCGUCCAAUGCUAGUGACAUCCUGGCAGACCUGUCGCGCUUGCAGAAAGAGGUCGACGACCUUCGUGGGCAGUACGAGCACCGGAAAGGCAGUCACUAG